AUGAACGACCCGGGUCUAGACGACAACAUCACCGAUGCUGCAACUCAAGCACAGCAUACUAUCAAAUCGCAACGUGACCAGGGAGGUCUUGAUGUGCCUGAAAGCGAGGAUGUCUCUCGCUCUAUGCCUACCAGAUGGUGGUACGCCUCGACCGCCUUUCCUUUGAUCGCAGGAACCUUCGGCCCCAUGGCAAAUGCCUUCAGCGUCAAUGCUUUGGUCGAGAACUGGCGUGUCUCAGUCCCUCCAGGUGGUACUGAACAACAUGGAAUCGAUCUGAAAGACCCGCGCUGGCUCAUCGCUGUCAAUUCCGUCUCAUUGGUCUUUGCCUUGACAGCGAAUAUGUCGUUACUCCUCAACAUGGCCAAGCGUAUUCGUUUCGAGGUUGCACAACCAAUCACCAUAUUCGGCUUCUGGUUCGCUUCUAUCCUCUUGAUCGGCCUCCUUUCCUUUGCGUCCUCCUCCGCGUUCGACGCACCGGGUGUGGAAGACCAAGCUCUUACUCAAGCUUUCUAUUACGCUAUCUUUGCCGCGGCCCUCUAUCAGAUCAUCAGCUACCUUAUGUGUGUCACUGUAUGGGGCGCCUACAAAGGAGCAUAUAGCAAGAACUUUGAGUUGACCCCUGCUCAGCGUACUCUUAUGCUGCAAACGAUAUCCUUCCUGGUCUACCUUGAAAUAGGUGCUCUGGUCUAUUGCAAGGUCGAGGGCUGGAAGUUCCUGGAUGCGGUGUACUUUAUGGAUUUCACUCUGCUGACCGUCGGGAUCGGAGGCGAAUAUACUCCCAAGACCCACGUUGGCAGGAGCCUCUUGUUUCCAUUCGCUGUUGGUGGCAUUAUCGCUAUUGGUCUCGUUGUUUCCAGUAUUCGAAGCAUGGUGCUGGAACGAGGAGCCGAGAAGAUGUCUGCUCGCAUGACCGAGAAGACUCGCAGGCGAGUUAUUGCACAAGUCACCAAGAUCCAGCAACGAGGACGUCCUUCUAGAAAAACAUUCCAUGGAAUUGGCAAAGAUGCCAUCGAAGGUCUUGCUAAAGACCCCGCCGACGAUCACAUCGAGGAACUAGAACGAAGGCAUGCUGAAUUCCAAGCCAUGCGAAGCGUUCAGGACAUGGCCUCCAAAGAGCAACGAUAUCUGGGCCUGACCGUGUCCACCACCGUCUUCGCUGUACUAUGGUUCGUCGGCGCCGCUGUAUUCUGGCAGGCCGAGAAGAAUCAGCAAUGGACAUACUUUGCCUCUUUAUAUUUUGCAUACACCAGCAUUUUGACUAUAGGAUAUGGAGACCUGCUCCUGAUGGCUAAUGCAUCCAAACCCUUCUUUGUUUUCUGGUCCUUGAUGGCGGUGCCUACAUUGACUAUAUUAAUUAGCAGCAUGGGUGAUACUGUGGUCAAGGGUGUCAAGGAUGCCACUAUCUGGCUGGGCGAGCUCUCCGUUUUACCCAGUUCAGAGGGUAGCACCCGUGAUCGUCUCAAACAGAGCAUGCAUAGAAUUACUAACGGAAAGCUGAGCCUGGUCAGCAAUAUACAUGAGAAGGAGGAGGACACUACGCAUCGUGUACAAGAAGAUGAGGAGGCGCGAGGAGACGGGCUGCAGAACAUGCCUCCUGGUUUGAUAAAACUGUUCAAGUCGGCCGAAGACACUCACAUUGACCCUAGCGAUAUUCAAAUUUUGGAUCGGCUGGCCGGUGCAUGGAGUGAAGAAGAAAUCGAGGGCGAGCAUGAUGCCAUGGAUAGGGAUGAUCGCAGAGCACAGGCUGAACACCAUUAUCGUCAUCUCCUGAUCUCGCAGAUCCCGAGAGUAUAUGCUCACACGAAACAAAAGGUCCCUAAGAAGUACACUUAUGCUGAAUGGACCUUCUAUUUACGCCUCCUGGGAGAAGAUGAGGCUGACAGUACCUUGCACCGUAAAGCGGUACUAAAGUCAAAAGCGAAGGGUCAUUACCGCCGAGGGUCGAAACAAACAGCAGGUGAAGGAGAUCCUGACAUGAAAGGUACGUCAGCCAGUACAGACACCAACAAGCAAUCCGGCACUACAGUCAAAUGGAGUUGGAUUGGACAGAAUAGCCCGCUACUUCAGGACAAAGAUGAGGCUGAAUGGAUUCUCGAAAGGCUUUUUGAGCGACUCGAAGAGUCUAGUCGGCAAGCGGCAAUAUUUGAGAAGGACGAGAGAGAUGAAUCAAGCACGAGCUCAUGA